UACAAAACAAAAAAGGGCAUUGAAUAUGGUGAAGAUGCUAACUACAGUCCUCAAGUUUAUUGUUGAUACCACUUCAAUGGAUCUUGUUUCUCACACUCAAGAAAGGUGCUUGAAGUUUGCACUGGAAUACAUAGAAUUCAUCAUCUUGCAUGUGAAGCAAUAUUUCCAUGACCAGUUGCACUUUAAGGAGGAAGAUUUCAAAGAUACAUUUAUCUGUCUGAAGAGCUCCUUCACAUACGCUGCCAAGUUACUAAAUCUAGUCCUUAAAAGUUCCUGCCAAGCUUCCCCAGCUUCACGAGAAGCUUACAAUCUUGUGAACUGUCUGUUUGAUCUAAUUAUUCUAGUUGAAGAACUCUUGGGCUCUGGAUUUGCAGCACGUCUUGUUAGUACAGCUAAGCCAUGGAUGCCUGAUUUGAUUCUGGCAUUGACAUCCAGCCACCUACUGAAACAGACUCCAGGAGAGAGCACAUGUUCCAUUAUGUCUGAUCUCGGCAGAGCCAGUUUUCCAUCAUGGCCAUCUAUUUUAGCCAAGCUUGAACUCUGUGAACUAAGUGACACUGGCUCAGAUGAGGAGGCCGAUAGAGUUUCUAAACACAAAGAAUUUCGCGCAUUCAGAAAAUUCAUGGGAAUGUUAGUUCAGCUGUUGAGAGCAGACCGUAAUGUACUUGAUGCAGCUGGGGUUAUUUUUCUGACUGUAUCCAUAGUUGGGUUGGAAAAGAAGGAUUUUGAGUUGUUACUGGGACUUUUGCACUUUGUCUGCAUAAAGUUAGUCAGGCACGAAGAUAGAAAAUGGGGAGAACUCAAUAUGAUGUUGGCAUCUCUGGGAGAGAUUUUCCCUCGAAUAGAGAGAGAAGCUGAGGAGCUCAAAAGCAGUGAGGAUGGAAGGCAGAAAUUGCAGAAUGCUAUAGCACUGCUUCAACCUGUAUGGAUGCUUUAUUUUCAUGAAACUAGGAGGGAUCAAAUGGCUGAAGAAUAGAAGUAGCUCAUAUUUCAAAUAUGACAGUUCAUAGAGUAGUUCAAAUGUUCAAUGCCCAAAAUAUAAAAAGUAAAGGUUCUCUCUUGAGGUAAAUGUUACCUGAUUUUUUGUACAUGGCUAGAAGAACCUCAGUACUUUUUGAAGAGGUUGAUGUAAUAUAAAUAAAUAAAUUGUGAUUUUGUAGUUUG